AUGAAGUCUUUCAUUACACUCGCUACCCUUCUGGUAGCCAGUGCGGUUGCUGCGCCCUCUCACAAUGUCAAGCCCCGCGAGCUCUACAAUGACGAUGCUCCUCACGCAGAUGAUCCCAACUUCAUCGGUGCUGUGAUGCGUGCGCACUGGUUCUGGCGCCGCCUCCACUGUGCGCAAGACCUAGUUUGGGACCAAGGUCUGGCUGAUGCUGCCCGCCGCGACAUCUCCGAGUGCACGUACAUGCCCGAGCACAUGCGCUCUGGCAGCAACCUCUCUUCUCAGAAGCCAGCUCCCUCUAAAUAUGAAGACUGGAUCGAGUUCGCUCGCACUGCUUCCCACGGCUGGCACGAAGAAGAGACCAAGUACCCGUACGACCACCCUCACUACGAGGAUGCUUGGGGCCACUUCACGCAGAUGGUGUGGCGCAACACUUCCCGCAUUGGCUGUGCUGUCGGAUACUGCAACCCCGAGCAGGUAGACUGGCCCGGCCGCUUCUACUGCUACUACGACUAUGCCGGUAAUAAUAUUGCAACCGGCCAAUUUGAGGCACAGGUUUGGGGACCGGUCUGCAGUGACCCUUCGGUCGGUGAGGCUAUCAAGCGUUCAGAGAUCGACUAUGACUGGUCGCGCAAGUGA